AUGCCAAGCCCAAUUACCUACGUUCGUGAUUUUCUCGCCUCAUUUGGUUUCAUGAGACCAUCCUCAGGCAUGCCAAUCACAAGUUUAUUCAGUACCCUUCCAGGCCACCACCGCAUCCUCAUCAGCGGGCUUGACGAGGCUGGCAAGUCCACUCUCUUACGCUCCCAUUUGGCUACCAGUGAGAAAGAUAUAUCAAUCGUCGUAGGGACUAUUGCGCAUCAGGUUGAAGUUUAUAGAUGUGGCAACGUCACUUUCCAUACCAUUGAUCUCGGUGGAUGCAGGCCUGAGCCAUACUGGAGGAUGGAAAGAUCAUUCAUCAAGCAUUGCGAUGCACUUGUAUGGGUCGACGACUCGGCGGAUCACGAUCGCCUCAUCGAAGCAAGAGAGGAGCUUUUUCGAGCUAUACGCCACCAAGACGGAUUGCGCAAGGACAUUCCUGUGUUGAUUCUAGCCAACAAGCAAGAUAAUAGCAAUGCUCGCACAGCAGAGCAGAUAAAAGGGGUUUAUGUCGACCAUCCCUCUUCCCCUUUAGUAAAUACACCACAUGCAGUGUUUGGGUCGAGUAUCAAGACUGGCGAAGGGUUGUUCGAGGCUUUCAGAUGGCUCAGCGAGACUGUUGAGAGCAGGAUGAAAUAUGACACUGGCAUCAAUGAAAAGGUUCCACUAUAUGACAAGGAAGAAGAAGCGAAUAGAAUCAUUAUGGAAGGACUACAGCCAACCAACAAGGAGGAGAUCAGUGAAAAGACAGGAUUCCUAUAUCUCCAUGAAGCCUUCAGCGAUCUCCCAACUGCCAUAGAGGUCCCUAAACCUGUUCCCCCAGUCCCUAAAAACAAACCGAAAUGGUACCCGAUGUUCCAAAAUAAUCUUGUACCAUAUCCACAGCUGUGGUGGCACGAAGAUAAUCCAUGGAAAGCCGUCAGCAGGGGCGCAGAGAUUAUAUACCAUGAGGACGAACAUGACCGCAGGCUGCUAGUCGGACCUUACACAGCUGAAUUCUUUCUAUUUGAAGCUGGUCUCAGACCGACUAUCCAUAUCAACCAGGUCAAUUUGACAGCCGACACGCCGUACUUUAUAGCCGGCUACUGGCGGCUUGACAUGGGAACAAUUCUCCCACAGUUUUAUUGUACAAUGCGUUUCAUAUUUCCUGGUGGAAAUUACUCAGUUUGGGUCUUUCAGAAGUCCCAGGAUCAUAAAAGGUUGCAGGAGUUUAUCGUGAAUAUUCCGGGAUUGACAAAAGACAGUCAUGAGCUGGAAAUGAUGUUAUGGUGCAACAAAGUAUUUACAAAUGAGACCAAGGUCUUGGUCAAAUUUAACGGGCUCCAUAUUGGGGAGGGUCAGAUGGAUGGACCAGCCUUGAUUCCGUGA